AGUUCAAGUAACGAGACCUGCAAAACGUCAUCUACCAGCGAACAGUCAGAAGUUCUCGCACUACAAACUGAAAUCUUCACUGACAGGCCAAAGGAAGUGUCGUUCAAAGCACAUAUUCCCCAAAUUUCUAUUGUGAGAUCGGAAACCGAAAUACCUGUCGAGAAACCUCACGUGGACGCGCAAGCCCUACCCAUUGUGUCUGACGUGUUUCCUAUAUACGAAGAAACCGUUAAGGAAAAAUUUGUAAAUCAAGAGGAAUCCAUUCACGAAGAAAUUACACGCCCAAAUUCGGAACAAAUACUCGGCUCAGAACCCGUCAUAAAGGGAAAUAGGGAUUCAGAAACAUCAGUUGGUGUUACGGAAAGCAUUAUCCCUAAAUUUAAGGCACUUGCAGCUAAGGCUGUUACCCAAGCAGAGGUUGCCAGCGUCGAAUUACAGCCUCUUUCUACCCUCGUAAUUGCAUCUCCAUCAGCAGCAGCAGCCACCAAGCUUCCCGAGGAACCUAAUAUCAAAGAACCACAACAUUCCACCAUCGUAGGUGAGCAAAAGGAGACUACCGCUUCCAGUAUCAGUGAUAUUACUGUCGAAAUCAACAAAAUACCCGUUAUUCCAGUUACCUCUCUAUCUAAAGCCACAGUUACUUCACAAGUACAAGCAGUUUCCGCUUUCCCUAAAUCGACCAGAAUUGUGGAACAAAUCCCCGUGUCCGAGGUCGAAGAACUCUGUCUUUUUGACCAUCAAGAGUCUAUUGAGGUUGAAAAAACGGUAAAUAGCGGCAGUUCUGUUGACAUUUUUGCUGCGCAUCAAACUGACUAUAUUAAGGAGGUGCCAGUAAUGAAACCGAAAACUUCAGAAACAUUGGAAGAGUCUACUCCUGCUUUUACAUCAAAUGAUCAAUAUGAGAUUUCGGCGUCAGAUGGCUCAGAAGAAGCCGCCAGUCCCUGUAGUAGUGAAACUGACUCUGAGCUUGUGCAAUCCUUGCCGAAAGGUAUUUUCAAUGAUCCUGAUAAUGAUAUUGUGGAAGAUGCACCCGAGGUCUUAGACGGAAAAACUAUUCCUCGGGUUCUAGUUCCUGAUGAUUUGUGGGCCGAAGCCGUGGAGAAAGACACUUGGCGUGAGACGUUUUAUGUGCCCGCCAGCAUGGGUGGUGUACUCAUUGGGCGAUUCGGAAAGAAUGUUCGUGAGCUUAAGAGUCAGUGGAAUGCAGAGUUUUCGCUUAACAUGUGUCCUGGACGUCAGGACACUCUUCUUCUUAAACUCUCUUGUCCUGUUGAGCACAAGGAAAAUGUGUUGCAUUGGAUUAGUGGAAGAUUUAAAAUGAGGCCAUCUCAAACAACAAUCGGAAAUCCAAACCAAUUGAGACGCUUGCUUCCGCUUGGUCAUUUUACCCAAAUUCAAGUUCGUAGUCUGUACGGACUGAAGGAGUUCUUUGUAACUAUAAAGGAUUCGGAAUACAGUCGGUACUUGGCCAUGCAGGAAGAGCUAGACAAAGAUUAUGCGUCUUUGAGCAGCUCCCGAAUGCAGCUUUACGAACCUGUUACUUCCGGCACCGUGGCGAUUCUUCCCCAUUCCUAUGGUUUUGCUCGCGCUCUCAUCCUCAAAGUCCUUCUGACGUGGCCUCGUCAAGCCGUCUGUUUUAUGCUUGAUCACGGCACUUUCGGGGUUAUUGGACUGUCCGAAUUACGAAAAAUUAAAGCCAAAUAUAUGCGGGUGCCGUUCCAAGCUAUACACGUUAGCUGGGCUCACGCCCUCCCCAUCUACUCUGAUGUACCUGACCUGCACAUAUUACGAACCUUCUUCUCUGGCGACAAAACCGUUGCUUUUCCUGUUCGAAUGGAGACCUGUUGUCGAGCUUCAGUUGCUCUCCUUGACUACCAACCACCGCAGUCGACCACAGACCAGCCCACAUAUAGCGACCUCUUAGCUUUAGCUUGUCGCAGUGGCCUUUAUGUUGCCGCUCCUUUGGGUAUCUUCCCAGACCGCCAAACAUGGCUGAACCGAACUGAUAGGCCUUAUUAUCCUUGCCCUUACUCGGACAUUGCCUACAAACAACUUGUUGAGUACUACCCUGAGGAGUCCCUCCCAAGCAACUCUGGGUUACAAUCCCAGCAACAGUCAAAGCAGCAUAAAGGUAUGGGUCAACUCCAGACUCGAACUGGACGAGGCGGUGGAAGUUAUCGACGGUCACACCACCACAGCCAUAAUCGCCGUUUUCGUAAAAAUUCACAUCGAACUAACAACAGUAACAAUUUCCACAACGGACAAACAAAGAGGGAACAACUGGCAGCUGCAAAAGGGUGA